CUCUCUCCCGCCUCAACUCCGUACUCUCUACAAUGGCUGCACCAACUGGUGACAUUGGCCUCAUCGGCCUCGCCGUCAUGGGUCAAAACCUGAUCCUUAACAUGAACGACAAGGGUUUCACUGUUAUUGCCUACAACCGUACGACCAGCAAGGUCGACCACUUCUUGGCGAAUGAGGCCAAGGGCACUAAUAUUCAGGGUGCCCAUUCUAUCGAGGAGCUUGUCGCCAAGCUCAAGCGCCCCCGCAAGAUUAUUCUUCUCGUCAAGGCUGGUUCUGCCGUCGACGCCUUCAUUGAACAGCUCACCCCUCAUCUCGAGGCCGGUGACAUCAUCAUCGACGGUGGUAACUCUCACUAUCCCGACAGUAUCCGCCGCACCAAAGAGCUUGAGGCCAAGGGGCUGCUCUUCGUUGGCUCUGGUGUCUCUGGCGGCGAGGAGGGUGCUCGAUACGGCCCUUCUUUGAUGCCCGGUGGCUCACCAGCUGCCUGGCCGUCCAUCAAGGAGAUCUUCCAAAAGACUGCUGCUUCUGUCAACGGCGAGCCUUGCUGCGACUGGGUCGGUGAGACAGGUGCUGGACACUACGUCAAGAUGGUUCACAAUGGUAUUGAGUACGGUGACAUGCAGCUCAUCGCAGAGGCCUACGACAUUCUCAAGCGGGGUCUCGGCGUGUCCGAGGACGAGAUCGCCGAUAUCUUCCAGAAGUGGAAUAAGGGUGUCCUCGACUCCUUCCUCAUCGAGAUCACCCAAAAUAUCCUCAAGUUCAAGGAUGACGAUGGCGAGCCUGUGGUCGCUAAGAUCCUCGACCAAGCCGGUCAGAAGGGCACAGGCAAGUGGACCGCCGUCGCUGCGCUGGACGCUGGUAUGCCAGUCACUUUGAUUGGCGAGGCCGUCUUCGCGCGCUGCCUGUCCGCUAUCAAGGAAGAGCGUGUCCGCGCGAGCCGUGUUAUCGCUGGUCCCCAAAAGGAACCCUUCAAGGGCGACAAGCAGCAGUUCAUCGACGAUCUCGAGCAGGCUCUCUAUGCCUCCAAGAUCAUCUCCUACGCACAAGGCUUCAUGCUCAUGCGCGAGACUGCCAAGGAGCUGAACUGGAACCUCAACUACGCCGGCAUUGCACGUAUGUGGCGUGGCGGUUGUAUCAUCAAGUCUGUCUUCCUCGGCGAUAUCACUUCUGCUUACACGAAGAACGCGAACCUCGAAUCUCUCCUGUUCGAUGACUUCUUCAACAAGGCCCUCCACAAGGCACAGCCCGGUUGGAGGCGUGUUAUUGCUCAGGGUGUCAUCUGGGGUAUCGCUCUACCGGCCUUCAGCACCGCGCUGUCCUUCUUCGACGGCUACCGCAGUGAGAUUGUCCCUGCGAACCUUAUCCAGGCGCAGCGCGACUACUUCGGUGCCCACACUUUCCGUGUCCUGCCUGGUAAGGAGAACGCUAAGUUCAAGACUGGCGAGGACAUUCACGUCAACUGGACCGGCCGUGGUGGGAACGUUUCGGCGUCGACCUACGUCGCAUAAGGCGCUCUCUCUUCGUGCUGCCUUCAACGUUGCUGUCGAAACUAAUUGUAGCAUCAUAUGAGAGGGGUAUUUAACGGAUAGCGGUAGGAUCGUAUAGGAAGCAAAACCUAAGUGUUAGAAUAUCCGUGUACUCAUCAUUAUAGAAGGAGCAAAGAAAAAAUAUUAAUGUAUCAUCAGC